AUGUGUUUCCGAAAGAAGAACAAGAGCCCGCCGGUGCUGAGCCACGAGUUCGUGAUCCAGAAUCACGCGGAUAUGGUUUCGUGUGUGGCUAUGGUCAUUCUCCUCGGCCUGAUGUUCGAGGUACAGAGUUAAACCCUGGAAUGUAUGCUGUGUAGUUAGCUUAGGUAGGUAAAUAACUAGGUAGCUAGCUAAAGAAAACGCCUCGUCUGAACAAUGAUGACGAGGGGGCUGGGCGCAAGCGUCUCCCUUUUUAUGUGUCACACUAAGCGGGGAGGCCCACUGUUCAAGCUAGUGGCUGCCUGGUCAGCUAGCGUUUCACACCACCUAGUUCGCUAUCUAAUAUUACCAAAUGGAUUGCUAGCCAGUUAGCUAUGAAAUCCAUCCAUGUGACAGUAAAAUACGGGAACUACCCCAACCUCUGCCUAACACAUUUUACUGUGGUUGACUCCUAUGCAUCAGACAUCAGGAAGAACCACCCUUGUUACAAACUGCCAUGACAAUACCAUUUUGCUACAUGUGAAUUGCAUGCACAUCAUUGCUUCCCGUUUUAUGUCAUUCCUUUAUUGUAGGUGACAGCAAAGUUUGCCAACGUGUUCAUCACUCUCCAAUACAAUGUGACUCAAAGUCUUGGUAAGGUUACAUUUGUCUUUGUCUAUUUCUAAAACACACGAUUAUUGGCCUUUAUUACAGUAUUUAGUACUUGUAUCCAAUACCUUGUAUUUGAAGCCUUUGGCCAUGUUUUUUUGUUCUUUGUGUGUUAUUAGAUGAGAGGGCUGAGCCAGUGAACCUAAAGACAUGGCCCUGUGUUCUUCUACCUGCUCAUCGCUGUCAUACUCCAUGCCUUAAUACAGGAAUACAUUCUCGAUGUGAGUGUCUCUGCGCACAGACCCCGGCACACUGUGUGUGUGACCUGAGAGAGAAAGCGGGACCUCUGUAUAGGUAGUUACUCUACAGAACACAUACGUCACUGUGUGUGCAAGUGUGUCUUUUCCAGCUCUCUUUGUGAGUCAUGACAUAAGGUCUGGCUUAGGGAUGUGGCGGUCACGAAAUUUAGUCAGCUGGUAAUUGUCAAGCAAAUAACUGUCGGUCUCACGAUAAUUGACCGUUAAUUAACAAACACAUUUAGCAUCUCCUGGCUUCCACACACAGCCUACAAGCCAUUGUAAAAAGUAUAAUAAAUCCAUGUAAUAUAGCCUACACCUUCACAAUAAAUCCAUUGAUUUAUUUAUGUUAGACAGGUCUAAAGAAGCAUGAUAUGAAGAAAAUGUUGUCUAUUUCAGAAGAAAAGAAUAGCAUACUCGGAGUUGUCCUGAUGUGGCUAUGGCUGUGGGCUACACUAGUUCAUUUAGCAGACAAGAUUUGCUUAUAAUUCUGUGGCAUUCUUUAAUGUUAUUUUAUGGUAUGAAUAAUACAAUUGAACAAAGCUGAAUAACAUAUAAAUAGUUUCUCAAUGAUUUGAGGGAGUGCGCACAUGCGGCUAUUCUGUGUUGAGCGGUUAACAAAGAAAUAGGUACUCUUAUAUGCUUAAUUUAGUUAUUAAUGUAACUUUAAAUGUUCUGCAAACAUUGGGCUCUUUGUUUUGAAAUACAUUGUAAGGCUGCAUGAUGAGACGCUAAUGAUGAUUUGAAAAAAGUCGCUUGAAAGACAUGAGCUCUGCUUGGUUUUUGCUUAGGCAGGACACACUCCAAUAGUCUCUCAUUCACAAUUUGACAAGCACUUGAUAAUGCCUCGAAUUUCACGGUGGCAUCCCCUUUGUGGCCGUAAUGCACCCUAAAAAACAUCCAUUCAGAGUGUUGCGUUGUGCCCUUCUCCCAGAGUGUGCUGCACAAUCCGAAGCAUCUCUCACUCACACGGCUCUCCGUCACAUGAUCGGGUCUUUCUCACAGGCUACAAGUUAAGACAGACACAUCGGGGACGCAACUGCGCGCGUCCUUAUCCAAUUCCGAGGUGCAUAUUGAAGAUAUUGGAAGAACUGUCCACAUUUACUUUUCGUCAGCCAACAAGAUGAGUAGGCCUAACGAACAGCAAAACCACUAGCCUAUGUCAGUCCACUAUCCCCGAUAGUACAAAAGUCGACCUAUUCCAAACAUGUUGUGGGAUGCGAUAGAUCCCAAAUUAAUACAACCACUAGCAUCAAAAAUCAUUUUUUAUGCAAUGUGGCUGAUGCAACAGAUCAGAACGUUUAGCUUAAAAUGUUGAUAAACUAUUAGGCUGUUUCUUCACAUUAUAAGCGCAGCAAUGCGCACAUGGUAGUAGGCUAUAAACGCGAAUGUUCCAUUAGCGGAAAACACCAUUAUCAAAAGUGACUGUAAAUGCAAUUAUGCAUGUAAUGCUUUUAUUAUAAAGGUGAAUUUUUAUGGUGAAUAUUAUCUUCCCCAAACUUGAAAAUCACGGGCUGCUUAUAUAUGCCAGUUAGGCUCUACACCUCUUGUAAAGCGGAUUAAUGUGUUUAGUUCUAAGAAGUUAUUUGGCCACUUUAGUUGUGAUACAAACCUUGGACACACCUACUCAUUCAAGGGUUUUUCUUUAUUUUUUACUAUUUUCUACAUUGUAGAAUAAUAGUGAAGAUAUCAAAACUAUGAAAUAACACACAUGGAAUCAUGUAGUAACCAAAAAAGUGUUAAACAAAUCAAAAUAUAAUUUAUAUUUGAGAUUCUUCAAAUAGCCACCCUUUGCCUUGAUGACAGCUUUGCACACUCUUGGCAUUCUCUCAACCAGCUUCAUGAGGUAGUCACCUGGAAUGUCUCCCGAGUGGCGCAGUGGUCUAAGGCACUGCAUCGCAGUGCUAGCUGUGCCACUAGAGAUCCUGGUUAGAAUCCAGGCUCUGUCGUAGCCGGCCGCGACCGGGAGACCCAUGGGGCGGCGCACAAUUGGCCCAGUGUCGUCCAGGGUAGGGGAGGGAAUGGCCGGCAGGGAUGUAGCUCAGUUGGUAGAGCAUGGUGUUUGCAACGCCAGGGUUAUGGGUUCGUUUCCCACAGGGGGGCCAGUAUGAAAAAUCUAAAAAAUAAUGUAUGCACUCACUAACUGUAAGUCGCUCUGGAUAAGAGCGUCUGCUAAAUGACUGAAAUGUAAAUGUGAAUGCAUUUCAACUAACAGGUGUGCCUUGUUAAAAGUUAAUUUGUGGAAUUUCUUUCCUUAAUGCGUUUGAGCCAAUUAGUUGUGUUGUGACAAGGUAGGGGGUGGUAUACAGAGGACAGCCCUAUUUGGUAAAAGACCAAGUCCAUAUUAUGGCAAGAACAUCUCAAAUAAGCAAAGAGAAAUGACAGUCCAUCAUUACUUUAAGAAACACAACUUUUGACUAGUAGUGUAUGUAAUUUUUUACUUUUUUAGUCAUUUAGCAGAUGCUCUUAUCCAGAGUGACUUACAGGAGCCAUUAGGGUUAAGUGCCUUGCUCAAGGGCACAUCGACAGAUUUUUCACCUAGUCGGCUUGGGGAUUAGAACCAGCGACCUUUCGGUUACUGGCACAACGCUCUUAACCACUAAACUACCUGCCGCCCCUAUCACAAGUGAUAGGCUAAUAUUGUCACCCAUCAGACUACUCUUGAUUUAAUCUUUACAUACACAAAAUAAUAUAUGUGUGAGAUUUGUUUUGAUUUAGAAUGGACCAUUAUCAUGCACCUGUAUCUAAACAGGGGCAGCGGGAAAAAAGACAUGUCAUCUAUGCACUUAAAUAGCAAAUGGAGGAUGCUUUUCCGUGGUUUAUUUUCAUGCCAGCCAGGUAGGCUAUACUCCUGUUGUAAAUAUAAGCAAUGUGCUUAAUAUUAGGAAAGUUGGGAAAUAAAUAUAGUAGGCCUAGCCUAUAGAAAGCUGAUGGGGAUCCUCUUCUUUUUAUUAGUGGCCAUCACUCUGUUUUCUCCCGCAAUUGCAUAGUCUAUAGAAAUGUUGCGCAACAUCAGCUCAUGGGCUCUCAUGAAGUGUUUGAUUAGAUUUUCGAAAACAUUUGCAUUGAUGUCGGAGUGAUUUAGAGGGACAAUUGAGUGCUGAGUACCAGGCAGUUAACAAGUUUGGUAGGCUACUAAUGACCAUCAGCAGCAUCGGCGCUUGGAGAAGUCUAAUUACCGUGACUAAACGGUAAUGUAGAAUUUGUCUUCAUGACUCGUGACUGCUGGUGUGGCGGUAAUACGGUUACCGCAACAGCCCUAGUCUGGCCUUGUCUCUCUUGUCAGUCUUAUCCUCCUCACACCCUCUUAGCUAGUUAAAUAGCAUCCCCCACGUCCACUACACAGCCCACAACAAAUAACUGACACGUUUUCCAGCGUCGGUAUGCAUGUCUCAUGUCCUAUUCUCUCUUAUUUCAGAAAUUGAAUAGGCGGUUGCAUCUGUCGAAAACCAAACACAGCAAGUUCAAUGAAUCGGGACAGCUUGCUGCCUUCUACUUAAUCUCUUUCAUCUGGGGCUGCAGCAUCUUAACAGCGAUAAGAAGGCCAACGAAGCGCUGCCAGGAGCCAGGGAACAUUAUGUGAUGACAAGACGAGCACUCAGUCCCGCCGUAUUUGUUCUUUGGCUCAUGUCGCCUCUUCUUUUCAUCUGUUAGGAGGAAUUUGCAACAAAUCCUACUUUCUUAUGGGAGGGCUAUCCACACACCAACAUGGUGUAAGUAAGGAUUUAUACAUUCAUUUUACGCCUUCAGCUCACUCAUUAUUUCAACAAUAUGUCAGUAGGACAGGGUAAGAACUCUAUUCAUCACUACUUGUUCUGUGUGUUCUUGUUUGGAGUUACACAAGUGUUCUGGGAAGCCUCGGCUGUUUUGAUUUGGCACAUAGGAAAGGCCUUGCUUUCCCAGGGUGCAUUGCAGCCCCAGUAUUGCGUGUGGGAGUACACUUCUGCUGUAACGGGCUGCCUCAUCAAAUCCAUGAUAGAUGUCAGCUUCCCCUGAAAUAAUUAUUAAGAAUGUGAUGUUUUACACUGUGCCAAGCGUCUCUCUUCCAUCCUUUCCACAAUUGUCAUUGUGUUACGAGGCAUAUUAUUUCUAUGCAUUUUAAUUGGGGAAAUGGAGUAAGCAGGAAUGCAUAGAUUGUGAUCUGAAUGUUUUCUCCCAGAUUACACAUUUUUAUUAUUGAUGGACCUUUAAUGUACCAUCACAUGCAUUUACAAACAUGUUAUUUAACAGGGUUGAAGUUAUCGUGAUCAAAUCUUCCAAUCAUAUCCAUUCCCUCCCUACAUUGAUAGACCUGAUCUCUCCUGCUGCCUGCCUUUAACCUGUCCUUUCUGCAGCUUUCAGGUGAAGUUCUUCUACAUUUGCCAAAUGGCCUACUGGCUCCAUGCCCUUCCUGAGCUGUACUUCCAGAAAGUGUGAAAGGUAAGUGUCCAUGAUCACACCAUGGGUUAGGUCCUAAAGAUGACACAUCUGUUAUUUAAACAUGGAAGGAUGUAUCUUGUGACUGUAAUUCCCCAUUGUUUCAAUAUACAGUUCCUAUUCUUUAUUCUCAUCUUACACUGAUACAGCAGUCAUUAAUAAAGGCUCUUUCCUGCUGGUUUCUCUGGAGGAUAUUCCCCGCCAGCUCUAUUACAUUUGCCUUUACGUCUUCCUCAUCACCGGUGCCUACGUCUUAAAGUGAGUGUGCGUCUUUUUAGUGAAGUGGUUAGAUAAAUGGACUAUUAGAAUGGAGCUGCCGUUCUGAAGUUUUCCUGUAUGCACUUUAUUUUGACUAUAUUCCAUGGCCUGAGUGAGUCAUUCCAAAUAACUGAAUGAAGCAGCAGCACCUCUUUUCCAUCCGAGAACAGGGUUUGGUAUGGCAGAGGGAUAAACGCACUCCAUAUCUGGGUGUUCCUGUCAUUGCAAUAAAGUGUGUGUGAGCAGCUGUGGAUAUUCCCUUAUCACCUCGUGACUGAGUGUGUGUGAGGUGGCCUGGUUUAGCGUGACGGGACUGUGCAGGCAACAAGGGAGGUAUUCAAACUAUGCCAGAGGGAUACCUCAGUUAAAACUAUCCCGUUAUGUAAUAUAUCCCCGGAGAGAGUUGGGGAGAUGGGUGGGGUUAGUUGUAAACGUUUCCUUGCUUUGUCCUCAAUACAGGCAAUCUUUAAACUUCCUAUACACAGGUCAAGUCUGCCAAACUAAUUUGUUCUGUGAAAGUGGCUAUGGAAAAGUUUAGUAGUAAUAUCACAGACCAUAGAAUCAUCAUCAGUAGUUGCAUCACUGCCUGGUAUGGCAUCUGACCGCAAGGCGCUACAGAGGGUCGUGCAUACGGCCCAGAACAUCACUGGGGCCAAGCUUCCUGACAUCCAGGACCUAUAUAUUAGGCGGUGUCAGAGGAAGGCCCAACAAAAUGGUCCAAUACUCCAGUCACCCAAGUCAUAGACUGUACACUCUGCUACCGCGCGGCAAGCGGUAUCGGAGCGCCAAGUCUAGGACCAAAAGGCUCCGUAACAGCUUUGUUUUUACACUGCUGCUACUCACUGUUUAUUGACUAUAGUUCAGCAUUCAACACCAUAGUACCCUCCAAGCUCAUCAUUAAGCUCGAGGCCCUGGGUCUGAACCCCGCCUUGUGCAACUGGGUCCUAGACUUCCUGAUGGGCCGCCCCCAGGUGGUGAAGGUAGGAAACAACAUCUCCACUUCGCUGAUCCUCAACACUGGGGCCCCACAAGGGUGCGUGCUCAGCCCCCUCCUGUACUCCCUGUUCACCCAUGACUGCGUGGCCUAGCAUGCCUCCAACUCAAUCAUCAAGUUUGCAGACGACACAACAGUAGUAGGCUUGAUUACCAACAAUGACGAGACCGCCUACAGGGAGGAGGUGAGGGCUCUGGGAGUGUGGUGUGCACCCGGGGGGUUUGGAAAACCCUGUCUUACACCAGCCCAUAGAAGAUGUCACUGCUGUUGCCAUGGUGACUUGUAACCCCCUCCGAUUCUCCUUUUCCAGUUUCACUUUGUGGCCGCUACUUUUCAUCAUCGCUCGCCUCCUCACCCUCUCCGUAUUGACAUUCGGCUUCGGACUGCCCCGUGCAGAGAACCAGGGAUUCUCACUGGCAGAGGGAAACUUUAAUGUGCUCACCGUUAGGCAAGUCGUGUUUCUUAAGGUCACUUCAUUUGCCCUCUCCCCUUCUGAUUGGGGCCUUGAGAGCAAGUUUGAACUUUUCCUCUAUCCAAAAAAAUAGAAAGCCUGCUCAUGUCUGGUCCUCAUAAUGGUUUACUUCCCUGUCUCAGGAUGACAUGCCUGGCUGCCAUUUGCCUCACCCAGGCCUGGAUGAUGUGGAAGUUCAUCAACCUUCAGCUGAAGAAGUGGAGGGAGCCCAGCCAGAGCCAGGCUCUCAAGGUGAGGCUGUCAGCCCAAAGAGCAAGCCCCACAAGAAGGACCCAGCCCAGGGUGAGUCCCCCUACCGCCGCCCACUCUAAACACCCACCUCCAGCCAGUGUAACUCUGUGAUACAGAUAUGUUUCUGACAUGUUGUUCUUGUUCCUUUGUUUUGUUAGGAGGUUCUGCCAACGGUGUGCUGAUGUCCGAUGACUAG